AUGACGAAUCUUCAAAAAGAACUAUUUGUCGUUGGAUUCCACGGCUUCACCCUCAGCCAGGAGAUUAAGACUCUCAUUCACGAUUUCCACAUCGGCGGGGUCAUUCUAUUCUCGCGUAAUAUCAAAGAUGCCGGUCAAUUACAGGCACUCACACUAUCCCUGCAAAAUGAAGCACGAUCUGCGGGUCAUGUUCGGCCAUUGUUCAUCGGGAUUGAUCAAGAGAACGGCUUGGUGACUCGUAUAUUGCCUCCCAUUGUACCUCAACUCCCAGGACCAAUGGCAUUGGCAGCUACGCGUGACCCUCAACUGGCGUACAAGGCAGGCAGGGCUACCGGUGAGCUUUUGACGUGUUUGGGGAUCAACAUGAACUACGCGCCAGUCUGUGAUGUCAAUUCGGAGCCAUUGAACCCAGUCAUUGGGGUACGCAGUCCCAGUGACGACCCUGAAGUUGUUGGGCGAUUUACGAGCGCUACAGCGCGCGGGCUGCGAGAGCAGCAUGUCAUACCCUGUGUGAAACAUUUUCCUGGGCAUGGCGAUACCGCUGUUGACUCGCAUUAUGGACUACCCACGAUCCCCAAAUCAAGAGACCAGAUGGAGCGGUGCGAGUUGAUCCCGUUUCGUCGGGCCGUCGCGGAGCAUGUUGAAAGUAUCAUGACUGCGCACAUUUCUCUGCCGAUGAUUGACAGUGAAUUCCCUGCUACGUUGUCAUCUAAAGCUCUGGGAAUCUUGCGCGAUGAUAUGAGAUAUGAUGGGAUGAUCAUUACAGACUGCCUGGAGAUGGACGGGAUCCGCUCAAUAUUCGGCACCGAGCGAGGUUCUGUACUUGCUUUGAAAGCGGGCAGUGAUAGCAUCAUGGUCUGCCAUACGUUCCAUAAGCAGCUGGCAUCGAUACAGAAGAUCUGCGAGGAGGUCUCGUCUGGAAACAUUCAGUAUUCUCGCUUAGCAGAUGCCAACCGGCGAGUCGCAACAUUGAAAGACAAGUUUCUCAAUUGGGAUCACGCCCUUUGCAGAGAGGAGAGUGAGGAGCAUGGUAGCUUGAACCAGAGAAUUUUGUCCCUUUCCAGUGAAGCUUACGACAAAUCUGUCACACUUGUGCGAGAUAAGGUCUCACUCAUUCCGCUAUCCAGACAAGGGAAGAUUGUCCUGCUCGUCCCGGGUGACCAGAUCCCGGCGGGUGGUGCAGUUGACGGCGAGGCCGAAGGACGAGAGGUGUCUUUUGAGGGCACGUCCUUUCACUACGCGCUUCGACGAUACAAUGAUUCAGUCAUGGAGAUCAAGUACGGACAAGCAGACCUUAGCGCUGAUGAAUGGGCGAGUGUUGUCUCAGCUGACACUGUUGUUUUCGUCACUGUCAAUGCUCGAGAAUCUCCGUUCCAAACUUCGAUGGGCAAAUUACUUCCAGAGAAGGCUCGGUCUCUGGUGGCUGUUGCUGUGGGUACACCUUAUGACUUCCUCGAAAGACCUGAAGUGCAGACAUAUCUCACGACCUACGAGCCAAGCGCUGGAGCUCUCUCUGUGGCAGCUGACAUCAUCUUCGGCGCUAAAUCUUCCAAAGGAUCACUUCCAGUUAGAUCUAGCCAAAUCCAGCCAACGUCUAGUGAGCUACGGAUCAAUAUUUUCGCCGCAGAAAGGGACAUGCAAGACGUCAUUACUGUAUGGGAGGAAGCACUGCCCACAUAUCUGAUACCCACAGAAAGCCUUCGAGCCCUCAUCGGCAAACCAAAUGGGCAUCACCAUGUCGCUCGCAUGGAUUCACAAAUCGUCGGGUUUUGCCUUGCCUAUAGGAGUGCCAUCAAAGGACCAGGGCAAUUUCACAUAGCGGUUUUGGCUGUGUCCCCAACGUUCCAAGGCCAGGGAAUUGGAACGAAGCUUCUCACCGAGACACGUGCGUACAUUCGUACGGCAUAUGGUAUCAACCAAGUGAAGCUAGGCAGCUCAUUCCCACGAUUCUGGCCGGGUAUCCCCCAGGAUCUUCCUCCUUCGGUUCAGGAAUUCUUCGUCCAUCGCGGAUUCCGACUGAAUCCGCCUAGUGCGAGAUCUGUUGAUCUUUAUCAGGAUAUUCGCAAUUUUCAGUCACCUGAGAAGUACAUGUCGCGUGCGCGAGCUGCCGGAUUGCGAUUUGCACCGUUGCAGCCUGAUGAGUACCAGGCCUGCUUGGCUGGCCAACGCAGGAACUUUGCGGAAAAACAUGACUGGGUCCAAGCAUAUGUCACACUAUAUCCCAAGGAUUAUCCCGACUGUGUUAUGACCGCUUUUGACGCAGAGGGCCAGCAGGUUGGAUGGACAUUGAUGCUUCCUCCUAUCCCGGCAUUAAAUAAGGUCUGGGCAUUUCCGCAGAUUUGCGGUCCGCGCACGGGGCUCAUUGGAUGCGUAGGGGUGGAUGAAUCACACCGCAAAUCUGGCAUUGGAUUGGCCAUGAUCUGCCACGCGGUAGAGAACAUGAAGCAGAGAGGCAUUGAGGGAGUCUUUGUCGACUGGGUGGCCUUGGAUGGCUGGUAUGAGAAAGUCGGGUUCCGGACUUGGCGUAGCUACCGACCUGGUGAGAUCUGA